AUGCCAGAGUCAACGCAUAAACGUUUUUUAAAACGUGUGCCCAGUAUUUUGAGAAAAUUGCGAAAGAAACGCAGACAACAACGCGCUUUGCUGCUGCGUAAAGUGCGUGUGGCAGAGGAUUUUAAGCAGCUGGAGCUGCUCGAUACAUUUCAUCGUGCUAUACGUCCUUAUUUAUGUUUGGCGCAAAUCUUUGGCAUGAUGCCGCUAACAAAUGUUUGGAGCAAGAAUCCACAAGCAGUUCACUUUCAGCUGCGCUCCUUUAGCAUGUGCUUUGCAGUUAUAUUUCUUAUGCUGGGCGGCAUUAAAACGACGCGCAUUGGCAUUAAAGUCUUUCAAGGCGGUCUUAAUGCUAAAAAUAUGGUUAGCUUGGUUUUCUUUAGCAGCGGUAUUUGUAUCUGCAUUGGUUUUAUCCUCUUUGCUCGCAAUUGGUCGCGUUUGAUAGUGCCUUGGAGCAGCAUAGAUAUUAUCAUGCUAUAUCCGCCAUAUGCACCUACCAAACGCAGUCUACAUCGUCAGCUGCUUAUGGCAGGUGGCAUGCUGGGUGCAGUUGCUUUGGUGGAACAUUUUCUAUAUUAUGCUUCAAGUUAUUAUAGUUAUCAAAUGCACGUGGUCCAGUGUGAUAAGAAUCUAACAAACACAGUAUUUGUCAGCUAUAUGGAGCAUGAAUUUUCGGAUAUAUUUGAUUUCCUGCCUUAUAACGAACUCGUUAUAUUCUAUGCAUUUUUUCUCAACAGCACCUUUACUUUUAUAUGGAACUUUAUGGACACAUUUAUUAUAUUAAUCAGCAUUGGCUUGGCUCAGCGUUUUCAACAGUUUGCCACGCGUGUCCUGACUUUGGAACAUUGCUUUGUGCCUGAAACCUUGUGGUUCAAUUUGCGACAACAUCAUAUACUUUUAUGUGAACUGGUGGAGCUAGUCGAUGCUCAUUUAUCACACAUUAUUUUGUUCUCUUGCUUGAACAACAUUUAUUUUAUUUGCAACAAAAUAUUAGCAAUAUUCACAAAACUUCGUUAUGGCAUCAAUCAUGCUUACUUUUGGUAUAGCCUGAUUUUUCUGCUCGGUCGCACUUGUGCGGUCUUUCUGUGCGCCUCCAAAAUACAUGACGCCUCUUUGCUGCCGCUCCAAGUAGUCUAUGCGGUGCCCAGCAACAGUUGGUCGGAGGAGGUGCAACGUUUUACGCAUCAGUUGCACAAUCAGCAAGUAGGAUUGUCCGGAUGUCGUCUUUAUUAUUUAACACGCAUGAGUCUCUUUGGAAUGGUGGCUACUUUGGUUUAUUAUGAGUUUAUGCUGUUGCAACUGGAUGCUAAAGGGCAUAAGCAGGAAUUGCCAAAUUUGUGUGAUUAA